UUGUAGUCUGUUCUUGUGAAACAAACGUGCCUGUGUGUGUCACAAGUUAGCUUGGUAAAUAGCGGUACAUGUAGUAAUCCUGAGAACAUUUACGUCCUAUAGAAUUCAUGGCGUUCAAUUUCAACUUCAACAUUAGGGUGAAAACAGACGGAAUCUGUCAAGGCGAUGCGAAAACGGAAAAAGAUCAGGAAUGCUCUCUUAAAACUCAGGUAAAGGAUGACAUCAGCCCCACUCCUCAGCCCAUGAAGCCGGCUCGAGAACACUCCGCCCCCAGCGAUGUGGACGCGCUCUUGCGGGACGUCGUCACGGAGACGGUGCGCGUGGGGGCUCUGCCGCCGCUGCUGUGCGUGAACGAGUCGGUGCUGGAGCUGACGGCGGAGGAGAGGCAGGGCGAGGAAGAGGAGGAGGAAGAGGAGGUCCUGAAGAAGAUGGCCGCCCAGCGCUCGGACCUGCUGCCGGGGGUGUACGAGGGGGGGCUGCGGGUGUGGGAGUGCACCUACGACCUCCUCGCACACCUGGACACGCACCUGGAGCGCGAGGGCGAGGGGGGCGGAGUCUUCACGGGGAGGCGGGUCUUAGACCUGGGCUGUGGGGCGGGGCUCCUGGGCGUCAUGGCGAUGCGCCUCGGGGCGGAACAGGUGGACUUCCAGGACUACAACAGCACGGUCAUCCGCCAGCUGACCAUCGCCAACGCCGCGCUUAACCAGCAACCGGAGGAGGAGGAGGAGGAGGAGAAACGAGAGAAGGGGGAGGUGAAGCAGGAGAAAGAGAAGGAAGGAGAGGAGGAGGAGAGGAAGAAGGGAGACGCACAGCAGAGAGUUGGUGAGAAAAGGGGAAAGGGGGAUGGCAGAGAGAGACAGAUGGAGGAGGAGAAACGGAUCGGGAAGAGAGGAGAGGAGAACGAGAGCCCGCCGCCCAAGCGCAGAGCGCCCCCUGCCUGUGCCCCCCUGCGCUGCCACUGCCGCUUCUUCUCGGGGGACUGGACCUCCUUCCUGUCACUCAUCCAGCAGCGCAGCCCGGCGCACAAAUAUGACAUCAUCCUCACCUCGGAGACGAUCUACAACACGGACUACUAUGCAGCGCUGCACGCGCUCCUCCAUAGGCUGCUGGCGGAUGACGGACAGGUGCUGCUGGCCACUAAGGCCCACUACUUUGGGGUGGGGGGCGGGCUGCUGCUGUUUGAGCGCUUCGUGGAGGAGCGGGGCGUGUUCGAGACGCGCCGGCUACUUGACGUGGACGAGGGGCUGCAGAGACAUGUGUUGUCGCUCACGUUCAAGAGACACGACACACACAACACACAGACGUCACCGUCCACACACUCCUUUCACGCCACAGCCUCCAAUGGGGCGCUUCAGAAGGUGAAAUAACUGUGUGUGUGUGUGUGAGAGAGAGUAUGAGAGAUUGUAUGUGUGUCUAAUGCAGAAGCUCAGUGUGUGCGCCCUCUUGUGGUCUUGUACAGUAAAUUCUUCUAAAUGUAAAACAAUGUUUUUUCUCUCUCUGUGUGGUUAAUGGGUGUUGGAGAGCCCUGUCACACGCUCUUGACACACCUGGGCAUCCGCACCCUGCGUCUCUGAGGACCUGUGUGUGUGUGUGUGUGUGUGUGUGUAUGUGUAUGAACAGAGAUGGCCAAAAAUACAUCCAAAUAGCCUGAUGAGACAGACACUAAAAACCUGUAAAAGUAUCAGUAUAAAAACACAAAAUGAGUGUAGAUCAACCAUGACAUGUUUUAAAAUAGACUUUAGUAUUUCAUAUUAAAGAAUACUAUACUAUCUCCAAGGCAACAUGAAGUCUUGUACUAGACCUCUGCUCUGGACAUAUUUGGUCAUAUUUGAGAAGCGCUGGACCGUGAUUGGGCUGCACUCAAGCCAGCUAGCUCAGCCACACCAUCAGUCUGCAACAAAUCAAAUAGACUACGUGCAUGAAAGGCUCUUCCUGUACACACAUUUAUCUCCGGUGGAGUGUUAACCGUGUUGUAACGGCAUCUGCUGUUAUAUUCUGCUCCUUACAUCUUAGCUCCGACACUGAAUAUCAUGUUUGCCCAGUAAUAACAAUUAUAACACACACACAAAUCCCUCUUUAUUGCCCAACAAUAACUAUUUUAAAACACACAUAAAUCCCUCUUUAUUGCCCAAUAAUAACAAUUAUAACACACACAUAAAUCCCUCUUUCAAAACAUGCAUAAAUCCCUCUUUUUUGCCCAAUAAUAACAAUUAUAACACACACACAAACCCUUCUUUAUCGUAACGUGCUGAUUCACUAGGUGCAACACCCAACCGGGUCCGUGUAGACACUAAUCCCAUUAACAACAACGGCAGGUUAAAACACACCUGGCUCCACCGAGAGCCUUUCGUGCACGUAGCCCAGUGUGUGUGGUCCAAUCAGAGAGAAGGGGCACAACAAUAGAAUGCCUUCCUGCCCCUUUUCAAAUGUCACGCACAGGUGAUGUGGUCUACACCCCAGGGAACCUGUUUUUGUGGCGUUGGCCAGUGACAUCUGGAUUGGCUGAGCAGCUCAUUUCCUGAAUUGCACGUUGGCCAUCAGACCAAUGAGACAUCAGUCUAUCAUAUGCCGUUUUUAAAACGACAAAAACACUUAUUUUGAUACGUGACCAUUUAAGCUCCAUCAAAUAGAAAUGACCACAGAUUGGCAAAGGUAGAACCCAUAUUGUAACUACUCGUGUCCGAAAUUCCACCUGUGUGUGUGUGUUACCAAAGUCCUUUUAGGCAAGUCGCUCCACUUCGCGGCCAUAUUG